ACCCCUCGUUUCCCCUUCACCUUUUGCCGUCCUGCUAUCUCUCUGUCUCUCUCUCCGGCACUGAAGAGCCCGAAGAGGGUUUGCUCUCCCUCUGAACGAAAAGAAAAGGAAAAAAAAAAAAACCCUCACCCUAAUUUUUUUUUCCUCAUCAUUUUUCUCUCGAAUCUGUAAAUAUUUCUUCAAGUGAUCGAUCGACAUCAUGUCUCUGCGAUUGGAUUGAGCUGGGAAUCGGAGGAGCGAGAGAUGUAUAAGCGAGGGAUCGGAUCGAAGUCCGAGAUUGCGGCGAUCGAUCGGAAGCGGAUCAACGACGCGCUCGACAAGCACCUGGAGAGGGCGUCACCGUCGACGUCGAGGGGGCUGAGCAACGGGAAGGAGAAGGAUCGGGUUUCGAUGCCGGCGAAUUUCUCAGGAAAGAACCCUGAUCAGAUCACUGGACCCGUGGCCAAGAACAAGUGUUCCAAUGAAGUAUCAGAGACAGAUAGUGAAGAGUCGGAUGUUAGUGGAUCUGAAGGUGAAGACACAUCUUGGAUUUCAUGGUUUUGUAAUCUAAGAGGGAAUGAGUUUUUCUGUGAAGUUGAUGAUGAGUACAUACAAGAUGAUUUUAACCUCUGUGGUCUAAGCAGUCAAGUCCCAUACUAUGAAUAUGCCCUUGACCUGAUUUUGGAUGUUGAGUCGUCUCAUGAUGAGAUGUUCACGGAGGAACAAAAUGAGCUAGUUGAAUCAGCAGCAGAGAUGCUGUAUGGUCUUAUUCAUGUGCGCUACAUUUUGACCAGUAAAGGGAUGGCUGCUAUGCUAGAUAAAUUCAAGAAUUACGAUUUUGGAAGGUGUCCCAGAGUUUACUGCUGCGGUCAGCCCUGCCUUCCUGUUGGUCAAUCAGACAUUCCUCGAUCCAGUACGGUCAAAAUCUACUGUCCUAAAUGCGAAGAUAUAUACUAUCCCAGAUCCAAGUACCAAGGCAACAUUGAUGGUGCUUACUUUGGGACGACAUUUCCUCACUUGUUUCUGAUGACGUAUGCUCAUCUUAAGCCACAGAAGACAUCUCAGCGAUACAUUCCAAGAGUAUUUGGCUUUAAACUCCACAAGCCAUAAUUCUGGAUUCAAGCAUGACCCUGCACCAAAGAAAAGGUACUGUGGCUAGUGGAAAGAAGCGGAGGAAGUCUAGGGCUAAGUGUUUGUGUUGCCCUCAUAUUAAAUACCGGGGAGAUGUUUAUUCAUCGUGCUGUUGUUUAUUUUUUAAGUAGUUGUAGUGUGGAAGCAUUUGUAACAUCAAAAACUCUGAAAGCCUGUUUGUUGUUUAUUCUGAGAUCUAGUUUGUGUACUAAUGGUUGUUCUUUGGGUUAAUUUCAUAUAGGCCCCCUGCUUUAUUAUUGUUUUGAACA